AUGCACUGCUAUGUCUCGCGGCAGUUGCCUAGGACUGGGAGGACUGGGUCGCGGUUCAUCAGCGGGCUGCGAUUGUGCCACACGCAGCUGCUGCUGAGGGGCGGUGCGCGGACACCUCUGGAGCCCUUGGAGCCGGAGAGCUAUUGGCGCGACACGCUGCCCAACGAGGCACUGCUGCGGCGCCUCACUGUGGGCGAGGCUCCAGGAGGCCCUCGCCGGCGGCGUGGGGAUGAAGUUUGGGGACAGCUGACCGAACGAGGCGUGGACGAGUCGAAUGCACUGGGGGCCCGCCUGGAGAGAUGGCUGGCGGAGCACCAUGCUUCCAGUGAGGAUGAGGCGUACAAAGAGAUGCCUACCAUGGUGCUGACCUCCCCUGACUACCGCUCCAGCCUCACUGCCCGAGCUGUGCUGAGCGGUUUAUUCCCCCCCUCGCAGCGGGCAGAUGCGGCCGCCGUGCAGCUGCGCACGCUCCGGGCUGCGCAGACAAAGCUGCACCCUCCAGAGGAGAAAGAGGACGAGGCAAGACAGGACACCGCCAUGGACUUGACGGAGCUGCUGGCACUGGAGCCGGAUGCGCUUGAAGGUGCCUGUGAGUGCGGCUCCGUCGAGAGUCGGCCUUGGGCUUUCAACGGUACCUGA